AUGAGGGCAAACCUGGCCCGUCAUGGCAGGCGACUACUUGUCUGCCAGGCGAGGACGGCGCCAUCCUGCGCUGCAUUUGCGACUCCAGCUCGUCGACGGUCGAUUGCUCCGAGGCCAGUAUCCUAUGCCAAUUUCGAGCGCACGUUCUUUAGCGGUCUAUUCCAGAAGCCUCCGCGGGAGGUCAGGCAGCCCGAGUACGAGCCGGGAUGGCUGCAAAUCAUGGUCUGGAGGAGUCGCAUGCUGGACAACGUCAGACCACCGCCGAGGAAAGAGUUGAUCGAGUCUUGGAAGAAGUUUAUGCAGUCGAAAUUGGCCACGCGCAUGCCUCUGAACAGCACACAGGCGCUGCAGUGUCGCCGGCUGCUGGAGUAUCUAUCAGAUGUGCCAGCCGACAAGCCGGACGCCAGAACGCUUACUCUUGCUGAUCUAACGAUGGCGAGGCAAGUGCUACUUCAAAAGGAUCCAAUCGAACGAACACAACAUCAUUUAGAUUUCGCCAAAGCACUACACUCGGUAUGGCUAUCGGGAGAUUAUCCUAAGACUCCUAAUGCCGUGGAAUUACAAUGGGUCCACCUCAUCAAAGCCAUGUGUUUAUAUGGUGGAUCUCGCGAGGCCUUGCAGAUGCUGUAUGAGAAAUGGGAACAGCCAGAGUAUGCUGUUUACCUGAACCAAGAGAACCAAGUCCACCUAGUAGAAACCGUUGCUCAGGGUCUUGCAAGAGAGGGAUGUGAAGCCGAGUUGGUGGAGUUGGUCAAAUAUGCCGAGAACCACGGAGUACCAUACGAUGUAAAGAUCCAAGCCGUCAUGGUAGAAUUCUUUGCCGAGCGAGAUCGUGUCGCCGAGACCAAGCACUGGUUCAGCAAGCCUCUAUCAGGAGGUAUACCACGGCCGCCAACGUAUCGCGCGGUGGCGGCCUUUGCCAUGCGCAACAACCUUCAAGAAUGGGCUACGUCUCUGUUCCGCGAACUUGGAGAAUCGCAGCCAAGGAGGAACCACUGGAAUGUGUUGCUUGAGGGAAUACUCAUUACUGGAAAGAGCCUUGCCGAGGUAGACACUGUAAUGUCACACAUGGUUGACCGCAAAGGAGAGGUGUCGCCAGAUACUAGCACAAUCAACAGUCUUCUCAGGGUUGCCUCUGCGCAGCGAGACGAGGCACUGGGUGACGACAUUCUUGCGCUCGCCGCAAAGAGAGGACUGGCUCCGAAUGGAGAAACUCAUUUAAUCCUGCUCGGCCUACGACUUGGAACUAACAAUUUGGUGGAGGCACGAGAGGCGUACAAUCAAGUUAGGCAUAUGCAGCCCUGGACGAACGAGAGCAAGCCUCAUCUCUUUGCCGAAUUCCGCAAGAUGGUCAAUGAAUACCUGGUUGCGCUGACAGCCCAGAAGCUGCCAGAUUUCAAGCUGAUUUCAUCAAUGCUGGAGGCUGUUGAAGAAGACCAAAUGAGGCUCGAGCCAGCCACAGUGGCAGCUCUCUGCUUAAGAUUCUUAGAGAACGAUCAGCAUUUUGAUGUCAUGGAUAUUCUAUCCAUACACUCCUUCUUGUAUAGUGAAGCGGAGCGAGAGGUUAUCCAGAACGCAUUUGUCGCGUUUUGCCUCGAGCCCAGCACGAGCACGAACCGAGCAUGGGGCGCAUAUCAGCUUCUCCAUCAAUUCUUCCAGGAUACCAGCUUCGAACGGCGUGUGGAAUUGAUGAAUGCGUUUUUCCAAAGGAGACGCCCCGACAUGGCUUCACAUGUCUUUGGACACAUGCGCGCACACCGAAAUAAGUCAUACCAUCCCACAAUGGAUACUUACAUCACUUGUCUAGAGGGAAUUGCCCGAUAUCCCGACCACGACGGGCUGGAAAUGGUGCACAACAUGCUGAAGAUGGACACCACGCUACAGCCAUCGACGAAAUUAUACACAGCUUUGAUGCUGGCAUACGCCGGCUGCGGCCAGCCUUUGAUAGCGCUGGACUACUGGGGCCAGAUCACUCAGUCGAGGGAAGGACCCUCAUAUGCGACGUUGGAGGCGAUGUUUUGGACAUUGGAAAAGAAGACGGGCGGACAUAAGCAAGCCCGCGAGCUUUGGGAGAGGAUGGAGAGGAUGGAUUUGGAAAUACCGCAAAGCGUCUACAACGCUUACAUUGGCGCAAUAGCCGGCAGUGGGAACGAAAAGGAGGUUCGAGGACUGAUAAUGAAAAUGGCGUCUGUCGUGGGGUCAGAGCCAAAUGCUAUGACCCUUGGUAUUGCAUAUAAUGCUCUACCCGGACAGCCUCUUCAGCAAGGGUUCCAGGAGUGGGCCAAGGGGCGAUACCCCGAUGUUUGGGCAGAACUGAUGAAGGUGGGACGGCGCAUGGACGAGUACUCGCUGUGUCAAUUCAAAAUAGAACGGGUCAUGAAGGCCUAG